AUGCCGCCGCGAGUUGGACUCCGUUCCCGCCGGGAGCCUGACGCCCAGCCGCAGUCCGAUGCAGACACAAUAGCGACACCCUCGCGAAAACGCAGACGCCUCAACGGCAACGAGCCCACAGCCGCAGCGGCCGACCCUCCACGCACACGCAGAGACGAGUCAGUCGCCAGCAAUGACAGUAACACCACACUACCGAAUGCCGAUGACGAAGACCCCGUGGAGAGGCAGAAUCGAAUAAUUGCCGCCCUCUGUGUUCCCUCGAACUACACGCCAAACGCCGCCGUCGACUACGCCAACGACCUGCAAGCCCGCAAAAAUCAGGGCCAUAACAUUGCCGCUUUUGCGAAAAUAGCAGCUCGCGACUGGUGCUUUUUCGUGCAGGAGACUCGGAUCCUUAUUGGGCGUGCAGACUCGUUGAUCCGUCCACAGCCGCCCAGUUCAGAGGCGAACAUCCCUGGUCACCCGCAGAGUGAAGCCCAUUCAGUCUCGAACUGGGGAGUGCACAUCGAUUUGGGCCCUGAACGACAAGUCUCGCGCGUACACGCCGAAAUCUUCUUCGACUCAGCGGAUCAGGGCUGGUACAUCAUCGUGAACAGCCGCAACGGUCUUAAGCUGGACGAUGUGCAUGUGACGAGAGGCCAGACGGAGUUGCUGCAUAGUGGUAUCUGUAUUAGUAUUAUGGGCACCCAGAUGUUGUUCCUUCUGGCCAAUCAAGAGGAUCACUUUCAUCCAAUGCUUCUACGACAGGCGAACGGAGAAGAGGCCGGAGAAUCUGGAGACGACGGCAACCCACCCUCGCGAUCGAACCACAACAUACCACCAAGCGGACCCACACCGAAACGCGAGCAGUACGAUCCAUUUCCACCCUCGUCACAUCCACGAAAUCGCGAGAAUAAGCACCUGUCUUCGCAGGCCUGCUACAACCAGAUGACUUCCACUCCCGGUCGCCCACCGCCAGGUACUCCUUUAGCUUUCCAGCAGGGGACCGGCCAACUCAGCAGCAAAGGCUCUCCCGCCACCUUUUCUCGAGGUGUCAUGAUUGACUCGGCCGACGAAGUCGACUACAGCCAUGACCAGGCCAAGGACAUCAAACCACCAUACAGUUACGCACAGCUAAUUGGACAAGCCAUUCUGAGUAAUGACGAAGAGAUGCUGACCUUGGCAAACAUCUACGACUACAUCAAGUCACGAUAUGCGUUCUUCCGGUUCACCAAUGGUGGAUGGCAGAACAGCAUCCGUCACAACCUAUCCCUGAACAAGUCGUUUGAAAAAGUUGCACGCCGAACCGACGAGCCUGGCAAGGGUAUGAAAUGGAAGAUCGCAGAUUCAGAACGCGAGGAGUUUAUCAGGAAGCAACUGCUAAACCCGCGCAAGGGUGGUGGAAUAGCUAUUGGCUUUCGACCUGACGGCUCUGGACCUAGCUCGCCUGCGCUCGGUAAUCCAUCUCAGGCUACAGAGCGACUGAUCGGCGCUCUUGAUCGCGGACACCCCAUUUCUCGAAUGAAGUCACCCCCCCGUUCUGCGACACCGCCUCUUUCCUCAGUCCCUGCACCCAACGAGUCGUACACUCCUGAUCGUGGAUCCCGUCCGUUUGGUGCCCUCAAGCAAUCACCCAACGUUCGGGAGAUGAACCACUUCGUCACACCCGCUAAGCGCCUCGUAUACGGUGGUAAUGAUGGACGCCAUCCUCCAUACAUCAAGACUGAAGAGCCCAGAUCACAUCUCGAAUCAUCACCCAACAUGGAUCCUGUCAAGCCAAUGGUCCAAGGUCUUGGUUUGACUGGUUUGAAGAGCGAAGCAGCGAACUCACCUCCCACGCUUUAUUCGGAUGCCACGACUAGCAACAUCCAGGGUAACCAUGAUGCAAGCCGAAUGAACAACGCCCUUGUAACACCACUCGUAACUCGCCAUGCACCUCGUCUCGCACCUCCCAGUACUGCGCAGAUGCCCAGCCAGUACAUGAACUUCUCUAGUCCGGCACCUUUCUGGAAAUUUGUCGACCUGCCCAGCACGCCCGCCAAGUUCCCUAUCGAUCUUAGCCCAACUAAGAUGCAUCAUGAUGAGAAAGACGAAGAAGAUGCUCAGCCUAGUUCGCCUCCGAUGCUCCCCGACGAGGAUCGAAGCGUUGAACCCGAGGAUCAGGACGCGUCUGACGACAAGCCGGGUGAUGAUGAAGAUGUUGGGCCAGAGAGCCCGAGCCGCACUGUCAGCCGGCCAGUCAGUCGCCGCGAUCUUGGCGGCAGCCAGCGGAGCAGGAGCAAUUCUAACGUCAACGUUCUUGGCCCAAGUGGAUUGGGCGGCAUGGUCAGAGGUGCUAGCCUCAAUAGCUUUGAGGAGCAGGACGAGCCGGAGGAUGAAAGCUAUGAUCUGUCGAAGGGCUUCCAGAAGAUUGGCUCGUUCCACCACAGCAUGGCGCAGGCACACGGUGUUGUCGGUCGCUCUGCUAUUUAG